AGAGAGAGAGAGGGUGGGGGGCAUAGAUAUCUUCUUGUUUUAUCGCGGCGGAAUCAAUAGGGCAACCAGGGAGAGAAAGAGGGGGAAGAUCUGAGAGUUUGGUGUAGAGAGAAAGAAGAGAGAGAAAGCAUGAGCGGAGGAGGUGGAGGUGGUGGUGGUGGUGGCAGCAUGAGAGGAGGAGGUGGUGGCGGUGUGAGCAGCGUGAAUGGGAAAGGCAGUGGUGGGAUUUCUGCAAUUCCGGCGGCGUCUAGGAAGAUGGUUCAGAGUUUGAGGGAGGUUGUUAACUGUUCGGAGCAGGAGAUCUACGCCAUGCUCAAGGAAUGUAAUAUGGACCCAAACGACGCCGUCCAUAGGCUUCUCUCUCUAGAUCCUUUCCAUGAGGUGAAGAGCAAGAAAGACAAGAGAAAAGAGAGUAAGGAUACAACAGAAUCCAGGUCCCGCAGUGUUAAUAGCACCUCAACUCGCGGCAGUAGGGGUGGUACAGACCGUUUUGCUGGACGUAGCAGCUCGAAUCAAUUCACUUCUACUGAUUCUGGUAUUUCACAUGGUAAAUCAGCAUACAAGAAGGAGAAUGGCACAAAUGCUUAUACAACAUAUCCUGCAGUUGGUGUGGCAGGAAAUAGCAUGAAUUGGCGACCUCCAACCACAAGUGAAACUGUCGCAACGGAAAAAAUAUUGACAAUAGGCACAAGUGAUGGUAUUACUUCAUCGUCGCAACCUUCUUCGGGAUUCCAAUCGGCCUGGUUGGGUGUGCCAGGCCAAGUAUCAAUGGCUGACAUUGUUAAGAAGGGCAGGCCGCAUGGCAAGGCUUCCGCCACACCAAACACCUCUUACCCAAAUGUUACUAAUCACCAAGUUUUCGCACCUUCAUCAACCGCAUUACAUCAUGAUCUGCAUUCAUAUGAUCAUGCUUCUAAGGUUUCGGACAUGAACCCUGAGCCAGGUAUUGCUGCAAAACAGAAUGUUCCUCCCAACGAUGAAUGGCCUUUGGUUGAGCAGCUACCAUCUGCUAGUGUGUCCUCUCUCUUGGAGCCUUCUGCAGAUUCUCAGCCUUUUACAGAUCAGUCAAACUUACCCCUGGAUAGUAAUCAGCAUAUAAAUCCCCAGUUGGAUGAGGCUCAGGUCGAGGAUGACAGUAGUGAUGAAAAUCUUAAUGAAGACCAUGUUAUAUCUGCUUCUGUGUCCAGUAGAAAGAUACAGGAAGACAAUUCGGGAGGUGCAUCUCUUUUUGAUAAUGACUUGUAUGAGAACAUGGGUUCCUAUCAGCCUCACAGGCACACAUUUGAGCACCAUGAAGCUGAAGAUGUUGGUGUACCAGUGUCAUCAGUGGCUACAAACAUGCAGGAACUAACUUUACAGGAGGACCCAAGGCCAAAACCUGAAGAGGAUGACCAUUCUGUAAUAAUUCCAAAUCAUCUGCAAGUCCAACAUGCAGACUUCUCACACUUGAGCUUUGGUAGUUUUAGAUCUGGUAUCAGCUCUUCUUUUUCUGGGCCGUUUGCAUCUAGGUCUGUGAAAAAUAGCUUGGAAGAUGCAUCUACAGUGGCAGAUACCCCAGUUGGGCACUCAGAAACUAGAAAUCCUGACUACUAUGAGGAUGAGCAUCUCAGAACUACCUCAGAUGGAAAUAUGGCUCAUAGAACUGCUGCAAUUGCUGGGAGUUAUGAUUCACCUUCAGCUUCGCAACCAGAGGCAUUGAAACAGGAAGCCUCUGAAGCUGCACAGGGAAAUCAAUACAACUUUCCUUCAUCUGCUUCUGGUUAUACUUUUGAAACCUCUCAACAGUUGAAUCCUGCAUUCCCUCAUUCACAGACUAGCUCUCAGAUGCAGAAUCUUGCUCCAUUUUCGAGUGUAAUGCAGGCAUAUACCAAUUCGUUACCCAGCAACUUGUUGGCAUCAACUGUUCCGCCUGCAAGAGAGUCUGAUCUUCCAUACUCCCCCUUUCCUAUUACACAAUCAAUGUCGACAAAGUACAGCAAUGCAGUGUCUUCAAUCAGUGGUUCAACCAUUUCUGUGACAGAGGCUUUGAAGACCGGUAGUUUUUCAACACCUCAACCGACUCCACAGACCCUGCCCAGUACUAGUGUUGCCACUGGACCUGCUCUUCCUCAACACCUUCCUCCUGUGCAUCCAUAUUCCCAGCCCGGUCUUCCUUUGGGACACUUCGCUAACAUGAUUGGCUACCCUUUUUUACCUCAGAGCUAUACAUACAUGCCAUCUGCUUACCAGCAAGCAUUUGCUGGUAAUAGCACCUACCAUCAAUCUCUGGCAGCAGUUCUCCCUCAGUAUAAAAAUAGUGUUUCUGUCAGCAGCUUGCCUCAGUCUGCAGCCAUAGCAUCUGGUUAUGGGGCCUUUGGGAGUUCAACCAGCAUUCCUGGAAACUUUUCACUGAAUCCACCCACAGCUGCUGCAGGCACAACCAUAGGCUAUGAUGAUGUUAUUAACUCUCAAUACAAGGAUGGCAAUCACUUGAUCUCUCUUCAGCAGCAGAAUGAGAACUCAGCAAUGUGGGUUCAUGGGCCUGGUUCCCGAACGAUGUCUGCUGUUCCAGCAAAUACAUAUUACAGCUUCCAGGGCCAAAAUCAGCAACCUGGUGGAUUUCGGCAAGGGCAGCAGCCUUCCCAGCAUUUUGGGGCCCUUGGGUACCCAAAUUUCUACCACUCUCAGGCUGGGAUCUCGCUGGAACAUCAGCAACAAAACCCUAGAGAUGGGUCCCUGAGUGGGUCUCAAGGCCAAGCAUCCAAGCAGUCCCAACAGAUAUGGCAAAACAAUUACUAAUCACAUCUUGUCACCGCCUGGUUUUUCAGGGCUUCUUAGCGUGUCCAAAGCGGCCAGCCAGCCAGCCAACCAAGGCAUUCCUUGAGUUGGAAAAUUAAUGUAUUAAUGGUCGAGGAGACCUCGACUUGCUACCGCUCUUUGCCUUGGGGAUGUAUUCUACGUAUUUAUUCAGGUGAAACAUGUUUUAACUUAGGAUUACGCGUGCUAAUUUGGGUUAGUGAACUUUUGUCACUCCCCUCUUCCUAUUUCUCCUCUCUUGUUUACCUUUCUCCUUUUUCCCUUCUGUAGGCAGAAAUCGUGUUCUUGUAAUUUCUCAUUUUACCACCAUUACCUAACCACCGUUUUUCCUUCCUUAGAAGUUUGGACCCUUCAUUCUCUGUUUGCUGGUAGUAAAUUACAGCUGUUAUGAAAGCUUUAUUUUCUUCUCGUCUC